AUGCUAAAGUUAGCAUGUGUGGUGUUGCUCGCAGCGAAUGCUCUAGCCGUUGACCUCAAAGAGACAGAAAUUGUCAUGACAUUUUUGGUGCAUCGCCAUGGCGAUAGAACCCCCGUGGAGUCCACGGUAUCCUUCAGCACAGACCCUAUCAAACUGGCUGAAUUAACCAUACCUUACGGAUAUGGACAAUUGACAAAGGCCGGCAAAACCCGAGCCUACAAACUCGGCCAGUUCAUCAGGAACCAGUACAGCUUCAUAUCGCCCCAGUACAACCGGUCCGAGGUGUACAUCAGGUCGACUGACUCCACCAGAGCCAAGAUGACGGUCCUAACGGUACUGGCUGCCAUGUACCCGGCCACGGACCAUUUAUUUGACGAAGAUAUCAAGUGGACCCCGGUACCGUAUACCACGGUGCCGAUGAAGUAUGAUUUUAACCUAGCAACACUCAACUGCCCAGUAUUCUCCAACAACUACAUAAAUCUAUUACCUUCAUCGUCAGACUACAUGACCACCCAUGGCCCAGCUGUGGAUCUCCUGGCCAAGCAGACCAGUCGUCAGGUGUCGCAGCUGACACCCACCCUUGCGUUUGCCAUCGUCGACGUGUAUAAUAGUCAGCUUAGCCUCGGAAUGCCCCUGAAUGAUGAAAUUGACGCAGCAUGGCCUGAACUGCAAGCCGCCGCCGGCGCAGCCAUCGACAUCGUGUUCGGGGACGAAAACUACAUCGCUCUUGAGGCUGGGGUCCUCCUCAAUGAGUUCUACAAGGCUGCCUCUGGCGUCAUAUCAGGGUCAGAAUCCCGGAGAUUCUGGCUUUACUCUGGCCAUGACCUGAACGUGUAUGGUCUCACUGCUGUGACGAAGGUCACUGAAAGGCAGGGGGUACCCAAGUACGCUUCAGCAUACGCUCUCGAGCUGAGGAAAGUGGUGGAGAUAGGCAAAUAUGUUGUGGUGCCGGUCUACCUGCCAAGCCCAGGGGAGGACUUAAAGUACCUAGAAAUAGCAGGAUGUGGUACCUUCUGCGAUUACCAGCAGUUUGUGAACAUCACCUCCAAAUAUGCCCUGGAUGAAACCACCUGGAGAGCCAGGUGUGGCUUCUCUGAUGACCUGGUUUUCGAUGAGGAUCAUCUUGCCUAAAUCCAAAUCGGGAGGUAGUUUGUAAGUGCAUGCGUUUGACAACGUAGAUUUAAGAUUUUUAAUGAUUGAGAUUUUGACAUUAAUUUUAAUUUUUGUGACAAUUAAUAUAGAAAUGAAUUUAGGAUUUCUACAUUUUGGCUUAUUCCACUAUUCCCCGUUGACAAUCCCCGUCAACGGGGAAUAGUGAACUUUUUGUUCACUAAUCCCCGUUAACGCCAAUUGGAGCUUAUAAUGGGGAAUAAUGAACUAAAAAGUUCAUUAAUCCCCGUUAUAUUAGGAUUUUAUUUUGAACGUAAUUUCUAUUCCUAGAAAAUUGUAUUAUGUACUAGAUUGUAAGUACUUUAGCGCAAGCCAAUAGAUUUCAGUAAGGUAGCCGAAUAACUUUGACUUUGUAUUGAUAACAUACAUUCAUACCUAUUACCUAAUGGUACAGUCAAUUCCAUAUCUAUUUUUUUAUUGGAAAAACUAUCCAAAAUCGCGGAAUAUACAUGGGGGUGAUUCGGAUAGCCCUAGUGAUGGCUUCGCGCUUCGGCUUGAUACUACUUUUUGGGACACCCUGUAUAUUCACCUAACAUGUGCUGAAAUCUAUUGGCAUGCAUGAUAACUAUAAAUUAAUAUCUCUUUUGAAAGUACGCAAGACUUAUUAUUUUAGGUACAUUGCAUUUUUAUUAAAUGACUACUAUAUUUUUUAACAAUUGACUCAUUUUAGUUCGUAAGCUUUUAAUGAUUUGUGUGUGAUUUUGCAUGGGUUUGUAUUUUUUGAACUACAAUUAUUGAUAAAGAUAAUUAUACAAUUUUGAAUUAUUGGAGAAAAUAAAUGUAUUGACAUCUUUGAAACCUAUUUAAUUUCAAUAU